GAUAAGAUUUGCUAUCUGUCCGAGCUUUAUAUCUUUGUUUGCUAGCCAGUUUGUCACGGAUGUCUCGAGAGUCUGUAAGUGAUAACACAUUCAGUAAAGUUCGUACUUCACACUGAAUAGAUUAUUUUGAAGCACAUAAAAUGAAGAGUGCUCAUCAUAGUGGAAAAUGGCCGUUAAGCUGGAUCAAAUUUUUCCUGUUCAUGACUAACGUUAUGUUUGUGUUUACCGCGGUUCUCGUAAUCUCAACUGGUAUUGCAAUUCGAUCCGUGUAUAGUGAUUUCACCAUUUUUAUCGAUCAGCGAUUGUAUUCGCCGGCGUUAAUGUUUAUUCUUGUUGGGUCGAUAACGUUAGCGUUUGCGAUAUUCGGAUUCGUUGGAACAAUCAAAGAAAGUGCAGUUCUUAUCAAUAUCUACUCCGGGCUGCUGUCGGUUGUGUUUGUAUUAGAACUCACGGCCACUCUGGUAGGCUUCUAUCAUCGUCAGGAUGUUAGUAGUAUUCUAGUACAAACUUUGAACAAUUCAAUCCAACAAUAUCCGUGGAAUAACCACGUGCAAAAGUCCGUCGAUUUCAUGCAAAUAGAGUUGGAAUGCUGCGGUGUAUCAAGCUUCAGGGAUUGGGAAGACGUAUUGGUGGUUGAACGCAGCGGUAGCGAUUCAUUAGUCGAACUGCCAGCUUCAUGUUGCAUUACAUAUAAUGAUGGAGCAUGUGUUCCCUACGCGGUGGGUUGCUAUCCUAAAAUGAAUGUUCUUCUCAGACAUUGUUCAAAGACUAUUGCGACUGGUCUCCUGCUUGUGGCUUUCGUACAGAUAUCCGCAGCUAUGUUUGCUUUCAUGCUUGGGAAAAGGAUAAGGUUGACCAAAACUAGGAGCUCUCUGGAUGCCCUCAAGUAUCAGAGCACUGUGUGUUCAUUUGAUUACAAGCGGUUUCACGAGGUUGAAACAGAAGCAUCCCAAGAUCAGUCGUUGUGAAAUAAAUACUUUAGGCCCUGUGUAGUUCGAGUUGUUAUGAAUCUGAUGUUAUGAAAUGUAUAUAAGUUUAUUUGGCUAAGUAAUAGAGCUCGGCUCAUUUCCCGCAAAAUGAUGAAAGAUGAUUUUUUCUGAUGAAUUUGGAACAUUGACCGUCGUUUAUGUGUGAAAUUAAUUGUCAAUGUUUUUCUUGUUAAGGUGUUCUAAUCAGUGAAAGACGGAAAAAGUGUGUUCUGAACUUGUUCCCCAAAUGCCGAUAGGCUGAAGUGCUGAAGUGCUCGAAGUGCUCACGAAGCCUUUCUUCAAGUCGAUCCAAAUGCCUUAGAUGAAGUAAUUGCUUGGCUUGUGAUCACAAGUGUGAUCCUAAAGGUAGCGGCAAAUGCUAAGUAUUAUCUCCGAUGCUAAGGAAAGCUCGCUUGAGAAGCGUAUAAAACGUAUGAACGUAUGAAAAGUA